UGACAACCCCUUAGUGAGGAGAUUAAUAUAUAUGGAACCACUCAAACCAGUUGGAAAACAGUCUAAGAAAGUCUCAGAAGAAAAGCAAGACUAUGACUUUCUUGACUAUCUUUCAGAGACCGACAAAAUGAAUAAGACCAACAACUUGUACCAAGCAGUUUCAAAAAAUAAUCGUUUGUCCAUACCUGAAAGCACACAAAUUGGUGACGUUGAGGACUUAAGGAAACAGGAAGAAGAAGUAGUGGUUCCAAUAUCUCUGAGUUCUCAAGUAGUUGAGAAAUCUCUUCUAACCAUAUUUCUGAAAAACAAAAUAAUUUGUUCUUAUCAUAGUUUGCGAACCAAUUUGGCUCGGCAAGAGGCUGAUGUUUCACAAGGUGCCGAAGACUUUGUAUUAUUUGGUUGUAUUUGGGAGAAAGUGAGCGUUCGCGAAGGAAAGCAUGGAUCCAAAUUUGCCGUCUGUAGGCUAUGUGACAUGCAGGGGCGUUAUUCAAAUUUAUUGACAAUGAUACUCACAAGGCAGGCCUAUGAUACAUUUUGGAAAGAACUUCCCGGGACAGUUUUAAUGAUCAUAUCUCCAAGGAUACUAAAGCCGCGAAGCCAUGGGGAUGGUUGCGCUAUUCAAGUUGAAAAGACAAAACAAAUAUGGGUAUUGGGCAAGGCUGAAUAUUAUGGGUUUUGUUCUGCAGUUCGGAAAGAUGGUGCGAUUUGUGGUGCUUGCAUUGAUACUCGUUUUGGAAACCGAUGCAGAUAUCAUGAAAGUUUAAACAUCAAAUCGAAGACUUCCACAAAAAGGCCUGAACUUAAUAGUGUGCCGGUAGGUUCUGCAUUACAUCCAAGGAAGUACAUGAGGCCUGUCAGAUGUCAAAACAUAUCCAAAGGAGCUUUUAAUGUUUCAUUUGGUAGCAAAAACGAUUCGAUUCUCCUUAAUAACAUGGAGCGUUCCAAAAACGUCAAUUGUAGUCAAACAGAAUGUAGUGCAGUUUUCCAAUCAUCUGCAUUUCACAACGGGCGCCAUUCCCAUGGGAUGAGAUAUCUCAACAAUAUGAAAACCAAAAGAAUGAUUCCUUCCCAGAAUAAGGUUGUUGUAGGAUCUGUGUCAACUAGAUUGGCUCAGAAUGUAGAGCAGUCCAUAGAGUUAACGGAUGACGAAGAGUAAUGUAUAGAAGCAAAUUUGAGUUCUAUACUCAUUGGAAAGUUAUGAGACGUUCAACGUUAACAAGUUUUUUUUGAAGGCGAUUCAUAUCCACAAGAACUAGUUUUGAAGUCUUUGGCACUGCUUUUUUGUUUUGAAAACAUCAUUUGGAUAAGGAUAACAUAAAAUGAAUUCUUUACAUUUGCGUCGAAUGUUUGUAGUGUCCAAUUUCGUUUUAGAAGACCUACGAAAUAGAGUGAAUCUUUCUUUGAGCUACUUGGUCAACUUAUCCAAGUUGGGUUUGAUAGCGCUUAAAGGUUGUCCUGAAGCAAGAAAUAAUAGAAUUCGUCC